AUGGCAGUUGACAGUAUGUCCGAUGAUUCUUCUGCAGACUCCGUUAAAGUAGUCGAUAACAGCCGAUUAGAUAAGAAAAAAAAGAAAAAGAAACACAAGCAUAGAAGUGAACGAAAACAUAAAAAAACGAAGAAAGAAAAUGGAGAAACCAAAUUAAAGGAUAAGAAGAAAUCAAAUGGUGACCAUAUUCAGAAUGGUAAACAAAAAAGACCACCAUCUCCACCCCCGCCUGAAAAUAGUAAAAAGAAAAAAAUUGAAGGACCCAUUAUAACAGAAAUCAACUUGGAUGAAGAAGAAAUGAAUUUAGAAGAACUAAUUAAGCAAAAGGCUUUACUUCAAGCCAGAUUGGGAGCUUAUUUAUCAGAAUCAGAAGAAGGUGAUAAAACCAAUAAAAAAAAAAAGCCAAGCGCUAAAAAAUCAGUUGAAACCAUUAACCUAAUUGAUGAUGAAUCAGAAGAAGAAUACAAAAAUAAGAAUUCUGAACGUGUAAGAAGUCCAUUAAAACGUUAUCAUGGUGCCAGUCAAGAAAUUAAGAAAACAAGAGAUAGAAGUGUAAGUAAAGACUUAACUCAUUUAAAGUCAGAUCGCAUAAGAAAAGAAAAAGAACGCGAAAAAGAAAGAGAUCGUGAUAAGGAAUAUGAAAGGAAUCGAGAAAAAGAUAAAGACAGACAAAGAAAAAUUAAACAUUUGGAAGAUGAAAAGCGACGUGAAAUAAGACGAAAAGAAGAAGAAAUCAAAAAAAGAGAAGACGAUUUAAGGAGGCGUGAACAAAGAAGACGAGAUGAAGAAAUAAAAGAUAUAGAAGAAGAAGCAAAAAGACGAGCAGAAGAAGUAAGAAGACGAGAAGAACAGAUCAAGCAACGAGAAGAUCAAUUAAGACGGAGACGAGACCGUAUUAAAAGUCCUAUACCUAAUAGAGACCGUGCAAGGAGUCCACCCGGUCCUAAUAGAUAUCGAGACCGUGAUCGAGAACGUGAUCGUGAUAGAGAGAGAGAUAGAGAUAGAGAGAGAGAAAGAGAUAAGAGAUAUAAUAGAAAAUAUGAUAGGAGAUCACAUAGUAAAGAAAGAUAUUCUAGAUCUCAUAGGGGAAAAGAUAGAGGAGAUAAAUAUAAAGACAGUUUUUCUGAAGGUCUUAAGCGUGAUGAUAAGUCAUCUUCAGAUUCUGACAUUGAUGUAAAUAUAAAUAUUGCGGAAGAUGAAAACGAAGAAGAAAUUAUUGAAAAAAGAAGAAAGCAAAGGGAGGAAUUAUUGAAGAGGUUAGGAGCAAAUAAUAGUAAUUUGCAUAGUGAAGAUUCUAUGAAUCCUUCUCCACAUGGAAGUUACGCUACUGAAACAUCUAUCCAACAUUCUCCAGAACUUCCAUCUCCUAAAGAAACUGAUAGAAUAUUAAAUGAUUCUGAUUCAGCAACAGAUAAGGAGACCACAAAGCCUGAUCAUGUAUUAAAUCCUGAUUUAAUAAAAGGCAAAUGGGAUAUGUUUGCAGAGGCUGAUUCAUUUCAUGCUACACAACAUACUCCUCAACCAGAUGGUAUAUCCAAUGGAAACAAGAGUGUACCAGAAAAUCCUUCUUUAACUGAUAACUGGGAUGACGCAGAAGGAUAUUAUCGUGUAAGAAUUGGUGAAACAAUGGAUUCACGUUAUACUGUCUACGGAUAUACUGGGCAAGGAGUAUUUUCUAAUGUUGUCCGUGCUAGAGAUGCGGCUCGCGAUAAUCAAGAUGUGGCUGUUAAGAUUAUACGAAACAAUGAAAUUAUGCACAAGACAGGAUUGAAAGAAUUAGAAAUUCUUAAACGGUUAAAUGAUUCUGAUCCAGAUGAUAGGUUUCAUUGUCUACGUUUAUACCGUCACUUUUUCCACAAGCAACAUUUAUGCAUGGUUUUUGAACCUCUCAGUAUGAAUCUUAGAGAGGUGUUGAAGAAAUAUGGCAAAGACAUUGGAUUGCACAUUAAAGCUGUUCGUUCAUAUAGUCAACAGUUGUUUUUGGCAUUGAAAUUGAUGAAAAAAGCAAAUAUAUUACAUGCUGACAUCAAGCCUGAUAAUAUUCUGGUGAAUGAAAGUAAGUUAGUAUUGAAAUUGUGUGAUUUUGGAUCAGCAUCACACAUAACUGAUAAUGAAAUCACACCCUAUCUGGUCAGUCGAUUCUACCGGUCCCCUGAAAUAAUUUUAGGUAUUCAAUGUGAAUUUGGCAUUGAUAUGUGGUCUGCUGGUUGUACUAUUUAUGAACUUUAUACUGGAAAAAUAUUAUUUCCUGGAAAAACUAAUAACCAAAUGUUGAAAUAUUUUAUGGAUUUGAAAGGAAAAAUGGCUAACAAAACUAUUCGGAAGGGAAUGUUCAAAGACCAACAUUUUGAUAGCAAUUGUAAUUUUCUGUAUCAUGAAGUUGACAAAGUCACAGAACGAGAAAAAGUUAUAACCAUGUCUUCGAUAAAUCCUAGUCGAGAUUUAUAUACUGAAUUACUGGGAAACCAAAAAUUACCAGAGGAGCAAAUUCGUAAAGUUGGACAAUUGAAGGACUUGCUUGAUAAAAUACUGACUUUGGAUUCUUCAAAACGCAUUGGCAUAUCACAGGCUUUGAAGGAAAGCUAA